AAGCACCCAAAUUUCAGGGACACAAACAAAAUAAAUACAUAAAUAGAGUCCUAUAAAACCCCCAAAUCUAUUAUAGAUCAAACGUAGAUCAAUACACUUUUGGAAAAAAAAUGGAGAAGCUAAGUUGUGGUCCUAUUUUGCUAGCUCUGGUUCUCUGCAUCAGCCUAACCUCAGUUGCCAACGCACAGCAGUGCGGAAGGCAAAGGGGCGGAGCGUUAUGUGGCAACAACUUAUGUUGCAGCCAAUUCGGGUGGUGUGGAUCGACACCCGAAUAUUGUUCACCUAGCCAAGGUUGCCAGAGCCAGUGCAGUGGAAGUGGACCAGCUCCAGGCCAAGGGGGCAGCGCGCAAAACGUUCGUGCAACAUAUCAUAUAUAUAACCCACAGAAUGUUGGGUGGGAUUUGAAUGCUGUUAGCGCUUACUGUUCAACUUGGGAUGCUAAUAAGCCUUUGUCCUGGCGGAAGAAGUAUGGUUGGACUGCUUUUUGUGGUCCAGUCGGACCUCGUGGUCGAGACUCGUGCGGAAAGUGCUUAAGGGUGACAAAUACACGUACAGGAGCUCAAACGACAGUGAGAAUUGUGGAUCAAUGCAGCAACGGCGGACUAGACUUGGACAUCAACGUUUUUCGACAAAUCGAUACAGACGGAGUAGGAAAUCAACAAGGUCACCUUAUUGUGAACUACCAAUUUGUUAAUUGUGGCGACAAUGUCAAUGUUCCUCUGCUCUCUGUUGUUGACAAAGAAUGAGAAACAACUACAUGGCUCUGUUUAUUCUGAUGAUUGUAUUAGGUAUAAAAGUCAUCUUUGAUGAUUUAAAUAAAGAAUAAAAGAACAAAAAUGAAAAAAAGGGGGGAAAAAUGGUUACUUCGAAGGGGUUAUCCAAUUCCAUAUGAUCUGUUGAUCAUGGAUGUCUUCAUUUAAGGAAAAAGUGAGUUGAAGUGUGUAUUGUAUUUGUGAUCAUUUUGUACUCGACUUAUUUGAAUUUUGAAUAAGAAAUUCCAACAACUCUUGUUUGGGGAUUGAAUUGGGAUGUUAUUUAUGUUAUGUAGUGAGUGACAAUAUGAAAUUGUCAUACAACAUUAUGUAAAAUAAUACUUUUACUGUCGC